AUGUGCCUGGCUCUCCAGCCCGGAGACUGUCAGGAGCUGCAGGGAUGGGGUGCUCUCACCGGGCAUGGCUGCUUCGGGGAGCACCUGCACGAGUGGACUGGACGGGAGGCCACCACAAGGUGCCAUCACUGUCCGGAGCCCAGGGACACGGAACAACAUACCCUCGAGGAAUGCCCUGCGUGGGCUGACGAGCGCCGUGCCCUUGUGGCAGUAGUGGGAGAAGACUUCUCCCUACCCAGGGUAUUGAGAAAAAUAUUAGAGAGCCCGGAAAAAUGGGACGCACUCGCCUCCUUCUGCGGCACCGUGAUGCUACAAAAGGAGGCGGCAAAGCGGAAACGCGAGGACGACCCGAACGCGCCCGCUGAAAGACGGUGA